AUGUGGAUGGACGCGCUGACCCGCGGGGUCGAAAACCUGAUCAUCUUCGAGAGCGACGGGUUCCCGUCCUGCCUGGAGAGCCAGUACAUCGGCGGCAACGCCACCGACUUCAAUGAUCUCGUGUCCGCGCUGCCCUCGGCAGCUCCCGAGGGCUGGCACAUCAUCCUUCUGGACAAGGGCGUGUUCGGCGCGGAGCCGGGCGCUGCUCCAGUGGGCGUGAUCCGACCGACCAGCAGCGACGGCUCGAGAUCUCGAGCGUAUACGCUGAUUCCCUGGAAGGGCCACGACGUGGCGGGCGCCGCCGCGUACAUGGUAAGCAGGCGAUUCCUCGAGUGGUUCCCGGAAGAGAUCCAUGCCCGGGGGCUCGUCAUGGUAGAUGCGUGGAUCAAUUGGAAAUGCAAAAACAAGCAGGCGCAGAAUCCAAAUCCGUUGCGCUGCUACAGCUACGUGGUUGAAGCUACAGACGAAGCCAAGGCUCGAGCCAAAUGGUUCUGA